AUUUCUGAAGGUGUGUCUCGGCUGCUCGGCCACCUCCGCCUACGUGGGAAUGAUUUUGGUGGGGGUCCAGUCCCAUUUCAGCGUUCAUCUCUCGCCAUCGUCAUGUCGCCUGGCCGAGGCCUCCGGACAGCACCGAAUGGCAAACCGACUCUCUCUCUCCUUGCAUAUCUCGUUUCAAUUCUCUGACGCCUGAUUAGGCUCGACGAUGUUUGGCCGCGGCGGCGUGCGUGGGUACAUGCGUGUCCGGCCUUAUCUGCGUCUCCCGCUUAAUCAGUGAACGCAGUCACGCCCAUGCAGUCCGGAGGUCGCCGGCCGCCGUCCUCGCUCACCGCCUCAACAUCAUCGCCGUCAUUUUCUCCAGGACUCGCGUGCGCCAUGAAGGCAGCGCCGAACAAGAGGAAGCUGAUCCUGCUGGUGUGCGUCUUGUCCGUAUCCUUGGUGACGCUGAUCCUGGGCCUCGGACUGGGACUGGGUCUGGAACUGCGGAGGUGCCGAGACAGAGUGGGACCGCGGACUUCGUGCAGGAAUCGCUGCUACCAGCCGUACGACGGUGACACCCCCGGGUGCAGAUGUGACGACGCCUGCGGGGACAGCGGAACCUGCUGCCCCGACUACCACGACCUCUGCAAAGCCCCCGCGGAACUGUGGGAAUGCACGCGUCUGCGCUGUGGCGAGACCAGGCUGCCCACCAGCAGGUGCCACUGCUCCGACGACUGUUCUGCGAAUUUUGACUGCUGCAGCAACUACCGGCACGUGUGCCAAGGACAAAGCCAGUGGGUGGAGGACGAGUGCGAGGACCUGUCACGCCCCUCCUGUCCACCAGGCUUCAAGCGCCAACCGCUGCUUCUGGUGUCUCUGGACGGCCUGCGGGCCGACUACCUGCGCCUGUGGAACCCGCUCAUCCCGGUGCUCGCCAAACUUCAGAAAUGCGGAGCGUCAGCUUCAUACAUGCAGUCAUCUUUUCCCACCAAGACUUUCCCCAACCACUACAGCAUUGUGACGGGUCUGUAUCCCGAGUCCAAUGGUUUGAUUGACAACGUGAUGUACGAUCCGGUGAUGGACGCCAUUUUCACGCUGUCGGGUCCGGAGAAGGAGAACCCGGAGUGGUACCUGGGACAGCCGAUUUGGCACACGGCAAAGUACCAGGGGCUGAAGUCCGGGACCUUCUUCUGGCCCGGAUCGGACGUGAAAAUAAACGGCAGCUUCCCGGACAUCUACCGGCCGUACAACGGGAAAAUCCCGUUUGAGGAGCGAGUCCUGACGGUAUUGAAGUGGCUCCAGCUGCCGGACGGGCAAAGACCUGACUUCUACACCCUGUACCUGGAGGAGCCGGACAAAUCGGGACACAGCUUCGGUCCUGUCAGUGGAGGGGUGGCCCAGUCCAUAAAAGCCGUGGACAAGGUGGUCGGUCAGCUGAUGAACGGACUCAAGCAGCUGGGACUUCACCGCUGCGUCAACGUCAUAGUGGUCGCCGAUCACGGCAUGGAGGAGACCAGUUGCGACAGGAAGGAAAACCUGCAGGAGCUUCUAGGGGACGUCAGCGACUACAUCGCUACAGAGGGACCCUUUGGACGCAUCCGGGCCAAGAACCCGGGCGCCGACUUGGAUGCUGCCGGACUUGUCGCCAACAUGACGUGCAAAGGUGCGACGCAGAACCUGCGGCCGUACCUGAAGUGGCACCUGCCCAAACGGCUUCACUACGCCAACAGCCGUCGCAUCGAAGACGUCAACGUGCUGGUGGAGCCAAAAUGGCUGCUGGAGAGGCUUCCGGGGUCGCUGCGGUUCUGCUCCGGCGGCCAGCACGGUUACGACAACGAUGUGGCCAGCAUGCACGCCAUGUUUGUCGCCCACGGUCCAAAGUUUGCCUCCGGCACGGAAGCGGAACCCUUCGCCAACGUCGAGCUCUACAACCUCAUGUGCGACGUGCUGCAGAUCUCGCCGGCCGCCAACAACGGGACGCACGGCAGCCUGAACCACCUGCUGCGACUGCCUUUCUACACCCCGCUGGCCCCGCCAGAGCAGAACGUGCCCGGCGAGUGCCGCCUUGGCACGUUGCAGCCGCAAGACCCUCUGGCCUGUUCCUGUCCCCACAUGAGCGGAGACGACGUCAUGGCCGCCAACCGUCGCCUCAACAUGACGUCCGCUCAAGAGGCCGCGGCGCGACGGAAACACCUGAUGUUCGGCCGGCCUCGCUCGCUGCGGCACCGGGAGCGUUACUGCAUCCUCCACCAGGAGGCGUUCGUCAGCGCCUACAGCGCCGACCUGAAGAUGGCGCUGUGGAGCUCCUUCAGCGUGGACAUGCCGAGCAACUCGGAGCCGCUGCCGCCCGUCGGCGCCGACUGCCUGCGGGCCGACGUCCGAAUUCCUCCGGCCGACAGUCGUCGUUGCGACGACUACGGCGACUUCCGCCGGGCCUUCCUGUACCCGCCCGGUACGCGUCGUCUGAUGGCGGAGCGACGCGACGCCUUGCUCAGCAGCCACUUGGUGCCCAUGUACCCCGAGUUCCACAGGAUCUGGGCCUACUUCCACGGCACCCUGCUCAAGAAAUACGCGGCCGUUUACAACGGCGUCAACGUGCUGACGGGCCCCGCCUUUGACUACGACCAUGAUGGACGCCAUGACCGGCCAGAGCUCAUCAAGCGGUGGGCGACACCGAGCAACGUGUCGGUUCCCACGCAUUACUUUGCCGUGCUGACCAGCUGCCGGAACGCAGGCCGACCGCUCCGAGAAUGUGACGGGCCGCUGCGCGCCGUGGCCUUCCUCUUGCCUCACCGGCCGGACACCUCUGAGAGCUGCAAGAGCGCCGAAGACGAAGCCUCUUGGGUGGAGGAUCACAUUUGGUUCCAUCAAGCCCGAGUCCGUGAUGUGGAGUGGAUCACAGGGUUGGACUUCUACCAGGAGAGUCAGCGACCGAUGCCUGAGCUGCUGCGGCUCAAGACCCGCCCCACGGCCGCCACUCAGAAGCCUUGAAUGUGUACGAGAAUUAAAAAAAAAAAAAAAAAAAAGCAUCAACACGUUCUGGUUUAUUCAACAUCAAACGGGAGGAGGGAAAGACGAGACCCGCUCCCCCACAAAAAAUUU